UCCCCUUCCCCACCCCCCUCCCCCCCUCCAGCGCUGCAACUUUUCUCUCGCAUGAUCUCCGUCGCACGGAUUUGCUCUUCGGAUGCCGUCUCGUCGGGAAGGGAGCUCGGAGCCGCUUUGAACCCGCGGCGGCAGCAACAGCAGCAGCCUCCCGCCGCCCUCCUCCUCCGCCAGUGCUAUGACAGGCAAACUCUUGGAGAAGCUGCCGGGGACCAUGAACACUUUGAUGAACCAGUUGCCUGACAAUUUGUACCCAGAGGAGAUCCCCAACUCUCUCAACCUCUUCGCCGGCAACGGGGAGGCGUCGGUGCCUCACUACAAUAACCAGAUGGCGGCAGAUAAUGUUAUGGAUAUUGGCUUAGCCAACGACAAGCCCAGCCAGGACCUGUCGUCGUACUCGGGCUCCUUCCAGCCCGCCCCGGGGGGCAACAAGACGGUGACCUACCUGGGCAAGUUCGCCUUCGACUCGCCGUCCAACUGGUGCCAGGACAACAUCAUCAGCCUGAUGAGCGCGGGCAUCCUGGGGGUGCCGCCGCCGCCGUCCUCCUCCAGUGCCCUCGCCAGCAGCACGCAGGCCUCGACGGGCAGCAUGGUGCAGGUGCAGAGCCAGGCCGAGGUGGAGGGCAUGUACCCGGCGCUGCCCCCCUACUCCACCUGCAGUGACCUUUACCCGGGCGAGCCCUUCCACGACCCGCAGGGCAACGCCGGCCUGCCCUACUCGCCGCAGGAUUACCAGGCCGGGGCCAAGGCCGGCGCCCUCGACGGCAACCUCUUCCCCAUGAUCCCGGACUACAACCUCUACCACCACCCCAACGAGCUGGGCGGCCUCCCCGAGCACAAACCCUUCCAGAACCUGGACCCCAUCCGGGUCAACCCGCCGCCCAUCACCCCGCUGGAGACCAUCAAAGCCUUCAAGGACAAGCAGAUCCACCCGGGCUUCGGCGGCCUGCCGCCCCAGCAGCCCCACCAGCCGCCGCUCACCCUCAAGCCCAUCCGGCCGCGCAAGUACCCCAACCGGCCCAGCAAGACGCCCCUGCACGAGCGGCCGCACGCCUGCCCCGCCGACGGCUGCGACCGCCGCUUCUCCCGCUCCGACGAGCUCACGCGGCACCUGCGCAUCCACACGGGCCACAAGCCCUUCCAGUGCCGCAUCUGCAUGCGCAGCUUCAGCCGCAGCGACCACCUCACCACCCACAUCCGCACGCACACGGGCGAGAAGCCCUUCGCCUGCGAGUUCUGCGGCCGCAAGUUCGCCCGCUCCGACGAGCGCAAGCGCCACGCCAAGAUCCACCUCAAGCAGAAGGAGAAGAAGGCCGACAAGGCCGCCGCCAGCGCCAACCCCGCCGCCGCCGCCGCCGCCGCCUCGCCGCCCGUCUCGCUGCCCCCCCCGGUGGUCACCACCUGCGCGUGA